AUGUGGAACCGCCUCUGCUUCGGCUCGUCCCAUUCCAAGGCGACCUCGGACAUCGCAACACGCCAGCGCGACUGCAUGUUGAAUGAGCUGGAGGAAAACUCGCAUCUCCUUCAGCCACCCGUGAACAACUACUGCGUUUACAAUGACCACUGCACAGUCAUGAUUGUCGGCGGCCCCAACGCCCGUACCGACUACCACAUCAACGAGACCCCCGAGUGGUUCUACCAGUACAAGGGCGCCAUGAUGCUCAAGGUCGUCGACGAUGGUGUCUUCCGCGACAUCAUCAUUCGCGAGGGCGACAUGUUUCUCCUCCCCCAACACGCCGCACAACCCCGUGCGCUUCGCCGACACUGUUGCGCCAUUGUCCACGAGGCUAGCUUCCACUGCACUAACUUGGGCACCCAGAUCAAACAAGGCGUCGAGGACUUCAAGGAAAGCACAGAGGCCAGGACAUGUAAACAGUGCGGUACGCUAGCGGAUUGGAAGCCGGCGCCAGGAUCUAUCAAGGAUCCCAACUUGGAGUAG